AUGAUGGUGCUUUGUUUCCUGAGCAGAACACUGCCACUAGCAAGACGUUCAUCCUGUCCACUGGGAAGACAACUCUGUUCAGCCAGCACAAAUAAGCCAGUGUUGACUUUGUUCACCAAGAAACCAUGCCCUCUAUGUGACGAAGCAAAAGAAGUGCUUGAGCCAUAUAAGAGAAGGUUUAUUUUGCAGGAGGUGGAUAUUACCCUUCCGGAGAACUCGGCGUGGUAUGAUAAAUACAAAUAUGACAUACCUGUUUUUCAUUUAAAUGGGAAGUUCCUAAUGAAGCAUCAAGUAGACAUUCAAAAGUUUGAGGACCACCUUAUGAAACUGGAGUUGCAAAGUGAUGGAAACCAGUGAAGAAAAUGCAGCUGCUCUGAUGUGCGUCUGAAAGAACUGUGCAACAUAAAUUGUGUGAAAAGCAG